GGAGCCUAGAUUCAAAAUAUAAAUACGCCCGUCAAGCUCCAGAAUGUUGUUCAAACCUCGCUCAAGUCUGCGGAUAUCCUCCAAAGUACAACACUCACUGUAUACCCGAUUCUUCUGUCUUUUUCAGGUACUCGCACCUCUCAAUCUUCCUUUCUAGCCUUCUCACCCACUAUGGCUCCCACUCUCAACGUCACGCACGUCGGCACCGCCACCGCCAUUCUCGAGAUCAACGGCGUCAACUUCCUGACGGACCCCUUCUUCUCCCCAGCCGGCACGGAGUGGGAUCUCGGCCGGGCCGUGCUCCGCGUGGAGGAUGACCCAGCGCUGCGCCUGGACCAGCUCCCUGUCAUCGACGCCGUCCUCCUCAGCCACGAAGACCACCCGGACAACCUUGACGAGCUCGGCCGGCAGCUCCUCGACGGCCGCCGCGUCUUCACGACGGUCGACGGCGCCAAGAACCUCGCGCCCCGCCCCGCGGUGCACGGCAUGAAGCCCUGGGAGGAGAUCACCCUCUCAAUCGCCGGCCAGCCAUUCAAGAUCAUCGCCACGCCCACCCAGCAUGUCCCCGGCGACGAGUGCACGGGCUUCCUGGUGACGGCCGAGAACUUCGGGAAAGGCCGCGACGGCCUCCCCAACGCCAUCUACUUCACGGGCGAUACCGUCUACAUCGAGGAGCUGAACGCCAUCGCCGACCGGUACCACGUCUGCGCCGCGGUGAUGAACCUGGGCAAUGCGCAUGCGCCCACAACCGAGGAUCCGAACGGUCCGCGCAUGCAGAUCACGAUGGGCGGGAAGGACGGUGCCAGGCUGUUCCGCGCGCUCAAGGCGGAUGUUCUGGUGCCCAUGCACUAUGAGUCUUGGGGCCACUUCACGCAGUUUGGCGAGGCGUUGCGCCAGGCUUUCGAGGAUGAUGGCAUCAUUGAUAAGGUUCGCUGGUUGAAGGGCGGUGAGAAGGUGGCUGUUCUGUGAGGUUGGUUUUUGUUGUAGUGCGUUGAGGUUCUUCCGUCCUGGGCUUGGAUUGGUAUCAUAGAUUGCUUGCCUUCAAUAGAUCUGUUUGCUUUCCA